AAAGCGUAGUGGCGACGGGAGUAGAACAGAGUGGAGUUUGUUGUCGAAGAAGGAGGAAGGCAGUGUAGAGGGGGGGAACUGCUAUAGAAAACAUAACUGUGAGGAAUUUAGGGUUUUCAAUAUGGCAUCAGGUGAUACCCUGUACAUCGAAACGGACGGCUCGGAGAUGCCAUCAGAAAUAGUGGAACUCCAUGAAAUCGAAGUGGAGACCAUCGAGACAACAGUUGUUGGAGAGGACGACGAUGAACAGCCUAUGAUCGCUUUACAGCCCCUCGACUCAGAUGAUCCACACUCAAUGCAUCACCAUCAUCAGGAGGUAAUAUUGGUGCAAACCCGAGAAGAGGUGGUUGGUGAAGAUGAUUCGGACAUGCACGGGGACGAUGAUUACGAGGACCAAAUUCUUAUACCUGUCCCAGUCCCUGCCGCCGAAGAGGAAUACAUCGAACAGACUCUGGUGACUGUCGCUGGGAAGAGCUCMGGGCGGACGAAGAAGGGGGGAAGCGGGAAGAGAAAUAAAAAGAACUACUUGGGUGCACCGGAGUCCAGUGGUAGAAAAUGGGAACAGAAACAAGUCCAGAUAAAGACUUUGGAAGGAGAGUUUUCGGUGACGAUGUGGGCAUCGGAUGACAAGAAGGAUGUUGACCAUGACACUAUGGUAGAGGAGCAUGUCAUUGGGGAUAAUUCUCCUCCCGAUUACUCCGAGUACAUGACAGGGAAGAAGCUCCCGCCCGGGGGCAUUCCAGGGAUCGACCUGUCAGACCCCAAACAGCUGGCAGAGUUCGCUAGGAUGAAGCCACGGAAAGUCAAGGAGGACGACUCUCCCAGGACGAUAGCUUGCCCCCACAAAGGAUGCAGUAAAAUGUUCAGGGAUAACUCUGCAAUGAGGAAGCACCUGCACACCCACGGACCACGUGUUCACGUCUGCGCCGAAUGUGGAAAGGCCUUUGUCGAAAGCUCCAAACUGAAGAGGCAUCAACUUGUUCAUACCGGCGAGAAGCCUUUCCAAUGCACAUUUGAGGGCUGCGGAAAGCGGUUCUCCCUGGACUUUAACUUACGCACGCACGUGCGGAUUCACACUGGAGACCGACCCUACGUCUGUCCGUUUGACGGCUGCAACAAGAAGUUUGCCCAAUCCACCAACCUCAAGUCUCACAUCCUCACACACGCUAAAGCUAAAAACAAUCAGUGACUGUGAACCAACCCAUAUCUUCACCACGGCAGAAGCGUCACACCCCCUAAGAGCUAUGAAAUCCCCUUUGUAUUGUUUCUAGGSAAAUGUUUUGAGAGAAUGACCUUACUGACUUUUUGAUAUGUACAGAGAUGAAAACGACGAACUCUAAAGACGCUUCACCCCACC